AUCAGUCGUCAAAGUAUCGUAAUGGGCUCCUCUUUAUGUCCCGUCUCUUAUCUGGCGGUCUUGGCAAUUAUCGUCCUAACCAGUAAUAUUACAGUCCAGGCUAAAAGGACAUUCAGGAUCCAGAAAUUAGAAAAGGUGACUGAGGAUACCUCAUAUCUGCGCAGUCGUCUGCGUAUCGCUGAGUCCGAGGAAAAUGAGUUGAAAGUCAGCGGAUAUCUCGAUCUGAAUCAACGACUCGACAAUGAUUGGACGGUUGUGCUUAAGGUUUCAAGAUCCCCGGAUAGCGAUGGAGACUACGAGAAGGUUUUGACAUUCGAAAUGCAGCUUUGCGACUUUAUGAAGAGCUACUACAAGGAUAUCUUUUACGAACGGAUCAAGGAAUACUCGAAUGCCCCGCAUCCCAGCAGCUGUCCUCUGCCCAAGGAACGCUAUGUACUAGAGGACUAUCCCUUCAAUGUCAAGUUGCUCAAAAAGCUGAUGAGUCCGGGCUUCUAUCGCAUAAAGUAUACCCUCAAGAAUGAAGAGACUAAAAUAUUAUCGUACGUUCUGGAUUUGGAGUUGGAGGAGAACUAAUCAAUCUCGAAAUUUGCUAGCUCAAAUGCUCCGUUUAUUGCCUGAAAAAUAAAUCUAUUCGUAGGAUUGC